GUCGAAACCGGUACCCGAAUCGCGCUCAGCAUCCGCGAAACCCACAUAUGCUCAUUUUACUAUAUCAGCAAACUUUUCUCCAUGCUUUGUCAAAUCGAGCCGACGGAAGAGUUGCCAGAUAUUUAUUCGCACCAUGGCGAUCGUGCGAAAAAUUGUACUGGGUGUGAUCCUUACAGUCACUGCGCUCCUCUUCCGGCGAACGCCUGGUGAUAAAGCUGAUUUCAUCCGCUCCAUCAAUGCAAAGUUCUUAGCACAGCAAGCCGAAAACCAACCUCUCGCAUCACCCGCCAGCACCCCUCCACCUAAAAUAAAGGCGUCUUAUCUCAACUCAACAGCAAACAAAGUGGCGGUACCAACGCUCGUUGGCGGUCCAGUCUCUAUAUAUCCACCUCCAGGGAAGCAAACGUACCCCCGCGCUAUCAAGUUACGAUCCGGUGUUCUACUUUCAGCUUCAACAAUAUUCAGUCCACAGCACUCCAUCUCUCUUUCCGUCUCCCUAGACUCCGGCGCCUCGUGGAAUCCAUACGGCACAGUGGUGACCACCCCCACUCCUGACAUCCAGCUUAACAAUGCCUUCCUCCUUGAACUUCCAUCCGGCCGCCUCCUCUGCGCAUUCCGAGCUCACACCCAAGCCCUCUCAGCUGUCGGCGUUGAAGAAAAACCCGGUGGCCAGAAUGAAGGCUACAUAUAUUACCGUCUUAUGAUCUUCUACAGUGACGAUGCCGGUGAGACAUGGCAGCAUCUUAGCACGCCAGUUCAAGAACCUGGACCCUCCAACGGCAAUUGGGAACCUUUCUUGCGUCUCUCAAACUCGGGGGUUUUGCAGUUCUACUAUUCGAGGGAACUUGGUGGGCGAGAUCAAGAUAACCUCAUGCGAGUCUCCCAUGACGAAGGUCUCUCAUGGAGCGAUCCUCAGAUCAUUUCGGGGCUUGAAAUGGAGACACGAGAUGGCAUGAUGGGCAUCCAGGAAAUUUCGCUAGGAAGUGGGAAUUUGAUGGCGGUUUUUGAGAGCGUCGAGGAGAAGGGAGACGGAAUCGUUUUUGAGGGUAGAUUUGGAAUCUGGAGUGUGAUGUCAAGAGAUGAUGGUAUCACUUGGGACAACAGGAGGCUGAUCUACGAGCCACAUACAUGGGACGCCCAAUCUGGUGGGUUUAUCAGUGAGUUGUACCACGCUCCCUUUCACUGACCUUGUGUUCCAUUCCAUACCCUUGGUCAGUUCAAUCUUGUGGUCAACAACAGUUUGUUGACUUCUAUGUAACAGAGCGAAACGCCGGAGCACCGCAGAUUGCUUUGGUGGGGGAAAUGCUAGUGAUCAGCUUCAUGACUGAUGAGGAGAAGUUAGAGGGAAUGUGGCAUCAGAAUGCCUACGUGAAAAUCAUCACCAGUUCAGAUAAGGGUGUGACUUGGGGCAAUAGGCUUCUGGUUGCGGAACAACCUGCCGCUUGGGCGGGACUGCUGGCGCUUAAUGAGACCAAUUUCUUGGUCCUUUGUGAUCAUGAAGAUCGCAGUGAGGCACAGCAUGUAGCUCUCGUCUAGAGCAUCUGCGUAGACACGGACUUAGAAUCUACUACGUAGCAACGUUUCACAAGGUCAAUUUUGGCAAUAGUCUGCAUUAUUUAUCGAGUACUGUCGUCCAUUAUCAUGACGAUAUUCCAGAAAAUCAA